AUUUUUUGGAAGGGCGGGAUUUGUCUAGACGUACCGCGGGGUUCAGCUUUAGCUCGUUGGCUAGUGGAGAGUGAGAGGGUGCUAGUCUGUGAGGUUCUCCGGCCUUGUUGGGCAAAGUAAAGGCUGAGUGCUUCUUUCAAGUUAAAUAAUUUAGCUAUAACCUUAGCUAGCUGAUAAACUUGACAUUUCCAUCGGUAGCUCACACCGAUUUGGAGUCAGACGUCAAGAUGCUGAAGUGCAAAGCAGUGUGGCAAAAGUUGGCUCCGCUGGCCAGAGACUCGUCAACUUUAUGUCGGCAAAAUAUGAAGAGAACAGUUUUGAAAUGCGGGUGCAGGCCAACAUUAGUUCCAAGGGCCCAGAUGUCGUCAAAGAUUCCUGGUGGAGAGAACAUGGCAUAUUAUAUACUCGUGGGAGGAACUUUUCUUGGUGCGGGAUACUAUGCAUACAAAACACUUUCUGGAGAUAAGAGAAGAUAUGAGGAGAGAAUUACAGAAAUGUCUUCAAGAUCAAGUCCCCUGUCCGGAGAGCAGCCAAUGACAUUUCUACAGCCUGAACUUAAAGAAGAAGCUGAACCUUCAGAAGAGCCUGAGGCACAAAUCGUCGAAGAAGGUGCCGCGGUGGAGAGCGAGGCUCCCGUUUUAGAAGGAGGAGAACCUCAGGAGCAGACUGCAGAGGGGGCGGCAGCCGCAGAAGAGGAGGGCGCAGCGCCCCCCGGCCCGGAGGAGCCCACGGCCCCUAGCGAAACGGUCGAAUUGACCGAAACUCAAGAGCCUGUAGAAGUGUCACAUUCCCUCACAGUGGAGAGCGAAGCCACGCUUGCCACGGAAACGGCUGCUGAAGAAGCGCCUGAGGAGAUUGCUGGCCCUGCAGUUGAGAUGGAACCAGCACUAUCGGACCAGCCCGUCCCAGAGGAACCGCCAGCACCCCUUCCCCCGCCGGUGGUGGAGAGUGAACCUGCUCCUGAAGCCCCACCCCAUGCAGAAGAACCAACGGAACCUCCUUCCGCACCAGUCAUCCAGAGCGAACCAGAACCAGCACCAACACCAGUGUUAGAAACAAUAGCAGAUCAGCCAUCCACACCUAAGGUAGAGAGUGAACCUGCCCUGGCCGCCGCGCCCAUCUCAGAAGAACCCCCAGUGGAGCAUUCUAAAGCAGCCCCCGCUAGCGAACCCGCACCGGAACCCGCCCCCGUGGAGCACGCGGAACCUGCCGCGUCCUCGGUGCAGAGCGAACCUGCCCUCGUAGCAGAGAGUGCUCCGGCGGAGUCAGCAGAGCAGCCCCCAUCACCCGCGUCACAGAGUGCUCCGGCGGCAGAAGAUUCGGCGGCGGACCCUCUGGGACCGGAACCUGUGGCAGCAGAACCUGUGGUGGCGGAACCCUCGGCAACGGAGCCUGUGGCGGCGGAACCUCUGGCAGCGGAAUCGCCGGCCGCCGAAGCGGUCGCCGCCCUCCCCGAAAUCCCUGCCCACGCUCCCUACCUGCUGAUCGGGGGCGGCACCGCCUCUUUUGCUGCCGCCAGGUCCAUUCGGGCCCGGGAUCCCGGAGCCAGGGUGCUGAUCGUUACUGAAGAGCCGGACCUGCCGUACAUGCGACCUCCGCUCUCCAAGGAGCUCUGGUUCUCCGAUGACCCCACCGCCACGGAAACCCUUCGAUUCAAGCAGUGGAACGGCAAAGAGAGAAGUAUCUAUUUCCAGCCUCCCUCAUUCUACGUCAGUCCUCAGGAUUUGCCAAAGGUUGAAAAUGGUGGUGUGGCUGUUCUCACCAGCAAAAAGGUGGUGCACAUGGAUGUGAGAGGAAACAAAGUGCGUCUGGACGACAACACUGAGAUCUCCUACGACAAGUGCCUGAUCGCCACAGGUGGAAUACCACGAAACAUGCAGGUCAUUGAGAGGGCAGGGGAAGAAGUGAGAAAGAAGGUUACUCUGUUCCGGAGGAUAAGUGACUUCAAAUCCUUGGAGAAAAUUGCCAGGGAGGUCAAGUCGAUCACCAUCAUUGGAGGAGGAUUCCUUGGAAGUGAACUGGCUUGUGCUCUGGGCAGGAAAUCAAAUGAAUCUGGCUUGGAGGUCGUCCAGAUGUUCCCAGAGAAGGGUAACAUGGGCAAGGUCCUUCCAGAGUAUCUGAGCAACUGGACAACGGAGAAAGUGAAGAGAGAGGGGGUAAACGUCAUUACGGAUGCGCUUGUGAAGAACGUCAGCUUCAAGGACGACAGAGUGGAAAUCAAGCUGAAGGAUGGGCGAAUGGUGACGACUGAUCACAUCGUAGCUGCUGUUGGGCUGGAGCCCAGUGUGGAGCUUGCCAAAUCGGCAGGUCUGGAGGUGGAUGCGGACUUUGGAGGGUUCAGAGUCAACGCUGAACUGCAAGCUCGCUCCAAUAUUUGGGUGGCUGGUGACGCAGCCUGCUUCUAUGACAUCAGACUAGGCCGCCGGCGUGUGGAGCACCAUGACCACGCGGUGGUUAGCGGCAGGCUCGCCGGAGAGAAUAUGACCGGGGCUAACAAACCCUACUGGCACCAGUCCAUGUUCUGGAGUGACCUUGGCCCUGAUGUGGGCUACGAAGCCAUUGGGAUUGUAGACAGCAGCCUCCCCACAGUCGGAGUAUUUGCCAAAGCCACUGCUAAAGAUACCCCCAGAGCUGCAACAGAGAUAUCAGGAACUGGAAUUCGUUCUGAGAGCGAGACCGAAGCUGUCGCCAGCGGAGUGAUGCCUAUAAACCCGACUGUCCCGCUGGCUCCGCAGCAGGGAGAUGACUACGGGAAGGGAGUGAUCUUCUACCUGCGUGACAAGGUGGUGGUGGGAAUAAUCCUGUGGAACGUCUUCAACAGAAUGCCCAUCGCUAGGAAGAUCAUAAAAGAUGGAGAAGAGCAUGCCGAUCUGAAUGAGGUCGCCAAGCUUUUCAACAUUCACGAAGACUGAGUGGGCGGGUGACCUUGCAUCGUCACUGCAUUAACGAAGGCCUUGAACUUUUACAGUCACCGGCAAGGUUCAGUUGGUCCUAACGGUGCCAAUUUGGCACCUGCAAGAGAUGGGAGACGCUUUGGGCACAACUUGUGUUUUAUGUACAUUUCUCUUCAAACGUCUUGAGCCAGUCCAUAUAUUUGUAAUUUGUAUUGGAUGAAUCGGAGUUCUCACGGAUGUUCUAUUAAAAUCAAUGAGUAUGUGGAAAGCAUCUGGAACAUGAUGAUUUACCCCCCUCUCUUUUAAAUGUAGCUAUUGAAAUGAAGGGGUGAAAGAACGAAAGUUAUAUAUUGAAUGCACUUAAGGAUGUUUUUCCACAGACGGGUGUACUUAAUUAUUGUAAGAACUUCCAAAUAAAGAAAAUGAUUUUUAACUUAAA